GCGCGGAAAUGCGGGAGAGAGAGAGAGAUGGAGAUCUAAACGGCGUUAGGACCGCUCGGCGCGCUCAGGUCUGGAGGUGGUAUAAGGUUUGCAAUCCCUCUACUUGCUGGCAGUUGCAGGAGAAGAUUGCUUUUAAGUGAAACGUCCCUGCUACCUCUCUGAGGUUUCAUCCCCCUUAAUAGUGUCCUGCCCUUAAGUUUGAGAGCUCCUUUUGCGAUGCAGGGUUCGCGCGAGCGCUGAGGAGGGGGCACGGGAGAUUUCCAAUCCAGAAGAAUCGCUGGCAUGUAUAUUUCAUCCGACGGACUUUCCAUGUGUCUCAUCUCCCUGCCAUCAACGCUAUAUGCAGUGACACUUCUGACUUGAGCAGAGGAAUGCGCGCAGGAAGCUCCAGCGAAACUGGUAGGAGAGGAUCUCCUCGGCGCCAGUGCUAAUUGUCGUGAUUUAUGUCCCCUCCGAGUACCUUCCACGGCUUCAUCUAAAAUAAAACGAAAGCUGGGGCCAGCCAGGAGCGCAGCCUUCGCAGAGUGUCUCGUCGCGGAGAGCCAGGGAACGUCCUGCAGCUUCCCGGAGCCCCAGUAAAAGUUUAAUGCAAAGAAGUGGCUCGAACAGACGGGAGACCCGGCGGUGCAGCGGGGCUGGCAGGAAACCCUGAGCGGCUGCUGCUGACUUGUUCCAGGGGGAGCGUGGGUCCUGGCUCCCCUUCUCUGAUCCGCCGGUCGCCGAGCUUUGCGGUGGAGCCGGAGGAGUUCCUCCCCCUUCGCCCCGGGGCGAGCUCCGCGGGGCAGCUCCAGGGCAGUCGGCAGUUCCCGGGGCAGGGGCGGAGAGCGGGGCUCCAACCCGCCGGCUGGCGGGGGCUGCUCUUCUCCAGCCCUUGAACUCUUCGGCGUUACCAGGAACUUUUGCUGGGCGUGCGGCACACGCCUGCCAGGCUCCCCGCGGCUGGGGGACGGGGCACGGCGGGCGGAGCAGCUUCCCACCCCUGCGCCGCCGGCUCCCAUGCUCCCGCUGCCGGAGGGGGAUGAGGCUGGCAAGGUCCCAGGCAGCGCGGUGUCCGCUCUCCUCCCCGCUCUAACGAGAGCGAUCGCUCCGCAUGGGUGUUGGUGCCAGAAGAAAAGAAUGAUUGAUGGGAAACAGACACCAGGCUGUAGACACUCAUCCUUUUGCUUCAGAUGCUGAUUUAUCAGUGCGUCUAGGUAUCCCUUGUGAGCUUUGAACACGGAGGAUCACUCGGGGUUAUCGACAGUACAAGUGAAGACCUACAACUUUGCUAAAUUAGUAUCUGCUUUCGGAUAUCUUUUACAGAAAGCCCUGAUAGACACAUGAUAAGACAAAGGACAAGCUUCAGAUUUCUGUGAAAAGCUGUCCUUUGAAUAUGUUAGGCUUCCACCAAAGUCUUCAACUUAGUAAAGCAAGUACCGUAUUCUAACGCUUCACGUUCAGUUGUGGAACCUGUUUUAUAAGAUACCUACAUAAAUAUACGUGUACAUAUAUUUAUAAUCUAUAGACUGUCCUUAAAUCAAUACUGGUUAUAAUUAUCAAGGCAAUUUCAAAGGAUUUAGAGAUGUAUUUGUCAAGAUUCCUGUCACUUCAUGCCCUUUGGGUUACUGUAUCUUCAGUGAUGCAGCAUUAUCCUUCAGUGUGGGGACAUUAUGACGUGUGUAAGACUCAGAUUUACACAGAAGAAGGAAAAAUUUGGGAUUACAUGGCCUGUCAGCCGGAAGCCAGAGACAUGAUCAAAUAUGUGAAAGUGACCCUGGAUCCCCCUGAUAUAACAUGUGGCGAUCCUCCCGAGACCUUCUGUGCAAUGGGGAAUCCCUACAUGUGCAAUAAUGAAUGUGAUGCAACUACCAAUGAACUGGCACAUCCACCUGAGCUGAUGUUUGAUCUUGAAGGAAGACAUCCCUCCACAUUUUGGCAGUCUACAACUUGGAAAGAUUAUCCCAACCCUCUCCAGGUUAACAUUACCCUUUCUUGGAACAAAACCAUUGAACUAACAGAUAACAUAGUUAUCACCUUUGAAUCUGGCCGUCCAGACCAAAUGAUCCUGGAGAAAUCACUUGACUAUGGGCGAACAUGGCAACCAUACCAGUAUUAUGCCACAGACUGCUUAGAUGCUUUCCAUAUGGAUCCCAAAUCAGUGAAGGAUUUAUCACAGCACACAGUCCUAGAAAUCAUUUGCACAGAAGAAUACUCCACUGGGUACAUGACAAAUAGUAAAAUCAUCCACUUCGAGAUCAAAGAUCGAUUUGCAUUUUUUGCUGGACCUCGGCUUCAUAAUAUGGCUUCCCUGUAUGGCCAGCUUGACACAACCAAGAAGCUGAGAGAUUUCUUUACCAUCACAGACCUGAGGCUAAGAUUGCUCAGACCAGCAACUGGGGAAAUAUAUGUAGAUGAGCAACACUUGGCACGCUACUUUUAUGCAAUCUCAGACAUAAGGGUAUAUGGAAGGUGCAAGUGUAACCUUCAUGCCACUGGCUGUAAAGAAGAAAACAAAAAAUUGUUUUGUGAAUGUGAGCACAAUACUACAGGCCCAGACUGCGGGAAAUGCAAGAAGAAUUAUCAAGGUCGACCUUGGAGUCCUGGCUCAUAUCUGCCUAUUCCUAAGGGCACAGCGAAUAUCUGUAUUCCCAGUAUUUCCAGCAUUGGUAAUCCACCAAAGUUUGAUAGGAUAUGGCCGAAUAUUUCUUCCCUUGAGGUUUCUAAACCAAAUCAAGUUGCUCCCAAAUUAGCUUUGUCAACUGUUUCUUCUGUUCAAGUUGCAAACCACAAGAGAGACUGUGAAUGCUUCGGCCACUCCAACCGGUGCAGUUACAUCGAGCUGCUAAAUACAGUCAUUUGCGUGAGCUGUAAACACAACACUAGAGGGCAGCACUGUGAGUUAUGCAGGCUGGGCUACUUCAGAAAUGCUUCUGCAGAGCUGGACGAUGAAAAUGUAUGCAUAGACUGUAAUUGUAACCCUUUUGGCUCUGUCCAUGAUCGCUGUAAUGACACAGGAUUCUGUGAGUGUAAGGAGGGAACAUCAGGGACUAAAUGUGAUAAGUGUCUGCUGGGAUAUAUCUGGCACAGCUUAGGCUGUCAACCAAAUGUAUGUGACAAGGAACUACUGCAAUGCCAGAAUGGGGGAACAUGCCUCAAAAACAUGCGAUGCCAGUGCCCUCCAGCCUACACUGGUAUUUUGUGUGAGAAGCUGAAGUGUGAAAGGGACCCAGGAGGUUGCAGCCAAAACUCCGGCAACGUGGCAGUAUCACAUGGCCCUCUAUUACCGCUGACUGGUCUACUAGGAGUAACUGGGCUUCUCGUAUUCUAGGCUCCGUCUGAUUGAUGGCAUCGCGUUCAGACUGCUUCAGAAGGAAUGUGCCACACAAAAAAAAAAAAAACCCAAGCAUUUGCUACUAAAAUUUUAAGAAAAAGAAUAAAACCACAUAUAAACUAAGAAGGCCCAACUGAACUAAGCCAUAUUAAUCAAUUGUGGACAGCACUCGGAGUCAAAAGACUGUUAAUUUCUGACUCAAGACAAGUUGGCAGCUGCCAAGUCUAUUACUACAAACAACGCCAGCUGCAAAGAGUACACAGGAUUGAAAAGGCUUUGACAAGCCCCCAAAAUGGAAAAUAAUAAACAUUUGCCACUUCGAUAUGGUGCGCUACUGUACCUCUGCCCAGUGUGUGGACCAACCAAAUAGAGGCAUUCUUUGCUGUCAGUGCAUUGUGGGUAUAAGGAAAUCUGUUAAAGCUGCCAUAUUGGCCUGCUUCAGUCCCUAAAUCCCUUCCAACCUGUGCUUUAGUGAACGUUGCUCUGUAACCCUUGUUGGUUGAAAGGUUUCUUUGUCUGAUGUUAGUGAUGCACAUGUGUAACAGCCCCCCUCAAUAAAACUCAAGACAGUCAUAUCCUUGUAUAUUUUAGCAGCACCGCAUCAGUAAGAUGCCGUGUUCAUCUACUGUACAAGAGUGGCUAUAGGACAAAAAGUGUAUUUAUCCUUUUGUAUUCAAAUGAAGUUAUUUUUCUUGAAAUAAUGUACAAUGUAGAUUUUUUGUAUUAUUGACAAUUUGUGUUACCAGACAAUUUAUUAAUGUAUUUAAUUCUAAUCGGAUAAGAAAAAUAUUACUUUUUAUUUAAUCUCUUUUUUUUUCUUUUCUCCUUUUAUUUAAUUGUGCAGAGAUUUCUCUGUAUGGGCAACGUGCUGGCAUCAAAGAAUAUCAGUUUACAUAUAUAACAAGUGUAAUAAGAUUCCACCAAAGGACAUUCUAAAUGUUUUCUUGUUGCUUUAACACUGGAAGAUAAAAAAAUAAAAAUUCCUGCAUAAACAA